AUGAAUUUAUGGAUAAAAGAAGUCAAAGAAAAACCAAAUUACUACUUAGAAACAGCAAUGAUUGAGUCAGUAUAUGACGCAGUCAAGAAUAUUGGAUUAGAUUUCAAUUUCACAAAAGGAGUUAUCAAAAAAUUCAAGACUGAACUAAGUAGUAACCAAUUUAAUGUACUAUUAUUUUUUGAAUCAUUCGAAAGGUUUACAAAAUCACAAUAUCAAUGGUUUCUUAGACUGAAUCCGUAUACUUAUUUCAAUCCGACAGCUCUCGAUAAAUUCAUUAAAGAGCUAAAUCAAAAAUAUGAUCCUUCAAUGGAUCCAGUUAUUAAAGGAGCAGUUUUUGAUAAAUCAACUACAAGACUCUUGAUUUUAAGCGGCGGACUCCUGAUUUCUAGAAAAGCUGCUGAGGAGCUUAUUUGGCAUAGCGGGUUAAUGAAAAUUAAUUGGAUGACAUCAGGAAAAAUUGAAGAUUUUUCGACAAUUGAUUUCAUUGAGUCAAUUACUUUAGCUUACAUGGACACCCAUAAUUCUAGAUUUGCUUCAAUGCAUCUUGACCAACAAAAUUCAGAAUUCGUCAAAACAAUUAAUUUCAACGUUCCACAGUGUUCAGAACAGGUUUUUAACGGCGAGACCACCAUUAGUGGCGUUCCAAUAAAGGAUUUGAUAACUUUAUCUUACAUCAACACUCAAUAUCUCAUGAUGGAACUUUAUCCUUAUGUUAAGUAUGCACCAAACAAUAUAUUUUUAGCAACUGAUCAAAACCUAACCUAUUCGUAUAUCUGCAAUGGCGGAACCAAUAAUGCAGAGAAUUGGAAAGAUAGAUACGUAUAA